UCCGCCGUAUUCAAACUUCCGUCGUGGUGUGUGUCUGUUGUCAUCGAUCGUCCCCUUUCUUUGUACAUAUCGGGUCAGUAUUUGAACGUAAAACUUCGUUUUCAUCCGUUUAAUCUUAGCGUAGGGACUUGCACAGGAUAUUUGAAAACGAAACCUAAUGCAAAAUGGAGGAAAAUGAAGAAGUAAGUGUAAAUAAAAAGCCGAAACUGCGUAGGAUGUCAUCUAGGACGUCGACUACCAGUGUCAUCAGCGCUGCAGAGCUUUCUCCACAAACACUGAGGAGAAACAACUCUAAGAAACCUCCAUUGCAGAGAGGUGGCUCCUUCACCUUUCUUACUCCUGGGACUCCUUGGGACUUCAGUCUAAAGAGAAAGCGUAAAGAGAAAGAUGAUGACACCGUAAGUCUGUCCAGCUUUGACCUAAAGGAACCUAGUAACAAGCGUGUGCGACCCCUUGCUAAAGUUUCAUCUUUAGUCAACUUAAUUUCUCCGUCCAAGAAUGGAGCAGUGCGCCGCUUUGGUCAAACCAUCCAGUCCAUGUCUUUACGUAGUGACACCAAGUCACCAGGGACGUCCCUGAAAACAAGCAGCAAGGCAGCAGGUCCCACUCCCACAAAACGCAGAAACAGUACACUUUGGUCAGAGACGCUGGAUGUCCAUCAGAAGAGCACAUUCUCCACUAAAGAGAUCAAGAGACAAGAGGCGAUUUAUGAGCUUUACAGGGGAGAGCAGGAUCUCAUCGAGGAUCUCCAACUUGCUCGAAAGGCUUACCAUGAUCCGAUGCUGAAGCUCUCCAUCAUGACUGAGGGGGAACUAGCUCACAUAUUCGGAGACUUAGAUGCAUACAUCCCUUUACAUGAGGACUUAUUGAUGAAACUGACAGAGGAAACUGGCCCUGAUGGAACAGUAGCUGAAAUUGGACAGAUAGUCAUAGACUGGCUGCCAGGUCUAAAUGCUUACAAAGAUUACUGCAGCAACCAGCUUGCUGCCAAAGCCCUGCUGGACCAGAAAAAGCAGGACAAGCUGGUGCAGGAUUACCUGCAGCGCUGUCUGGAGUCUCCUUUCAGCAGGAAGCUGGACCUCUGGAGCUUCCUGGACAUCCCACGAUCACGGCUGGUGAAAUACCCUCUGCUGCUGCGGGAGAUCCUCAGACACACACCUCCAGAUCACCCAGAUGUAGCCAGUCUGGAGAGAGCUAUCAUCAUCAUCCAGGAGAUUCUUUCUGACAUCAACAUCAGGAAAGGGGAGUCUGAGUGCCAGUAUUACAUCGACAAACUGGAGUAUCUGUUUGAAAAGCAGCGGGACCCUCUCAUAGACAGCUGUAAGAUACUGCUGUGUCACGGAGAGCUUCGAAACAAGAGUGGCUUGAGGCUGCAUGUGUUUCUGUUCUCUGAGCUCCUGGUUUUGACCCGGCUGGUUACACGCAAUGACAGGAGCUGCUUCCAGGUGUAUCGACAGCCCAUCCCAGUGCGAGACUUGGCUCUGGAAGACCUGCAGGAUGGAGAGAUCCGCAUGGGAGGAUCCUUUAGAGGGGCUUUCACCAAUGGAGAGAAAGCCAAGAACAUGUUUCGUGUCCGCUCUCUGGAUCCAUCCCACGCACAGUCUCACACCCUGCAUGUAAACGACAUCUACCACAAGCAGCAGUGGCUCAACUGCCUACGCACUGCCAUGGCCCAGCAGCAAAAGGCUCCACCCAGAGAUGAGCAGGGAGAAAAUGUCCGGGGUAAACGUCGCUCCUCCACUAUCUCGACCCCCGUCUGUGACAAAGAGAUAGAUGAGAACUGUCCACCUGUCACAGGCCCUAAACUGAGGCCUCAGACGCUCUCCAAAACCAGACUGGAGCAGAAGUUUCAAGGCUCACUAAAGAGGAAGGAGACUGGCGUGUAGAAGUUGAACAGGAACAAAGGCUUAAUCUCAGACACUUCCUGGUUGUUAACGUGUCUGAUGGUGAAUUUUCAUUCAACCAACCACUAUUUUUGUGUUUUUGUCUUUGUAGCUGCACUGAAAAAGCAUUAUCAAUCAUUUCCGUCCAAAUGUCCAUCAGAUUGUAGUCUUUUAAAAAGUGUAAUUAGUUUACAAAAAAGUAACGUGAAAAUGUGACUGAAAUGCCUGUUUACACCACAUUAAUGUGUGUGGAAUUAGGGUUUUUAUGUGUCUACCUAAGUUUCAAAAAAACUUUAUUUUUUUUUAUUAGUCCAGUGGUCACCCUUUUAAAACUUUUAUAGUUUUUUAAAAAAAAUCAGUACAUUCAUAUUUGUAGUCCAGAUGUGUGCAGUUGUGUUAUCUGGAUCAAGAUAAGAGAGCAUGAAGCAGAGGACUCAUCAUUAACUCAGUUGUUUGUACCAGAAAUGACUGGAGAACUUCUAAUUUGAUGUAAAAUUACACAGCAAAACAACCAUGGAUAUCUUGAGAUGAAAAUAUUUAUCUGGAAUAUAUGGAUAAGUCCAGAUUUAUUCAAUGAAAAGUUGUCCAUUGAAGAAAAAAUAAAACACAAAGUUUGUA